AACCUAUAUUGACUGAGUCAUCAAUUAAUUAUUGUAUCAAUAGUGCUGAUCAGAUAUUAUCUAUCUUUGUGUUGGUGAUUCCUUCAGUAUUGUAAGACAAGCUUUUAUGGCUGCUCUACCAAGCGGUGGCAGCCCCAGUGCUGCCAACAAAUGCCUUUACUCAGCACUGGUGUCACUGGGUCUUGAUAUAAAAACUAUAGAGUCAUCCGAGGGCUUCAUCCUAACGGCUGGUAGCCUGAAUGACCUGCCAAAGCGGGUGGGGGAGCACAUCCUGCAUCACCUGCUCAGUGUCAUUGAUAAAGAGAAGACACUGAAGGCUUUCAGGGACUGCUGGCCACCCUUUGACAAGAAGAGAGAGGCGCAGUUCUAUAGGGGUGCUUUUGAGCUGUACAAGGGCCUUAUGAUGCAGAGUGGAGGGGCCGGGACACGCCUGGUGGUGUCCCGCUCCGUGGUGGCCCCCGGCUCCCCCAGGUUCAUGGAUACCCUCCGUCAGCUGGUCAAGCUUGCACUGAUAGCCUCUAUGAAAAGUAAAGGCGUCACUGCAGAGCUGCUGCAGCCUCCUGCAGCUGCGAUGACCACUGAGCAGCGGCGUGCAUUGCUUGCAGUGAUCCAUGUACACGCUGUGCAGCAGGUGCAGAUCUUCUCUGCACAGCAGCGCAGUGCUGCACAGCAGAUGCAGCGUCUUGCAGCUGCUGCCAGAGAACGAGUGCAGCAAUACCGCAGCUGCAGCACUCAGUGUGAGCAGCUGAAGCAGCAACUGCUUGCCUCCCCUGCACCUGGAGGAGUGUACCCCCCUCCCUCCGCAGGCGCUGAGCCCCCCACCUCUCUUCGUGCAGCUGAAGAGACGGCAAUGGAGCGAAUGAACAGCGCCGCGGAGCGCGAGUGGCGACGUCUUGACGCCACCGCAGCCCGUGAGGCACUGAGCUGGCGGGUGCUUGAGAGCCUCGUGCAGGUGACGUCAGACGGCAGCCACAUCGACGCUGGGAAGCUGACAGCAGCGCUGCCAGCACCCGCUGUCAGGACCCUGCUGGCUGCAGGCACUCAGGUGCCACAGCUGUACGGGGGGGUGGAUGGUCGUGAGCUGCAGCUGCCAGCGCUGCUGCAUACAGCUGCUCUGUCUCUGCGCACUCUGCACGCUGCACUGCAGCACUCUGCACAGCAUCUCACUGCACAACAACACCCUGCGCAGCAGGGCACCGCAUCAGACUGCAGUGACAGUGCCAGUGACAAGAGCCUUACAGAGCAGAAAGCUGUGAGUCUGUCAGCGUGUGUGGCAGAGCUAACACAAGAGGUAGAGCUUUGCGCUGACCGACUUCAACAUCAGAACCUGCAGCUGCUGCAGCGUCAGAACCUGCAGCAGAUGCACGGCAAGCACCUGUCCCAGACCAACGUCUCCGCCCUGCCAGAGGGGAGCUGUGGGCCCCGCCUCUCCCCACUGCCCCUGAAGGGGAUGAGUGGGGGUGAUCCACUCCCUUCACUCCCCCUGCUCACGGCCUCCCCAGAUUCGCUGCAGUUGCUGACACGACGCGUUGCCCUGGAGCGGUGCCCUCUGACGGAGGUGGUGCUGCAGACGCCUUCUGUGACCUCAGCGCAACCCUGCACCCCUGCAGCUGUGGAGGACAGUUCGCCUACACCCCACACCCCUGCGGCAGUAGUGAACAGCAAGCGUGGCGGUGGGGCGUCGCGCUCCUGCAGUAAAUCCUUCACAGGCAAAGAGAACAGGAGUCGUGGGGGUGGGGGGCACCCGCUCCCCUGCCGCACCCCCCUAGUGCCCCGUACGGGGAGCAACAUCAGGCUCCCUGCAACUGAAGGCAAAGCGACAAAGCAGACGUCGGUGGUUAGAAGCUCGACUCAGUCUCGCAGUACCUUCUUGCGAGACGCACCUGUUGGGGGCGCUGGGACCUUCUCACGAAACUCGACUUCUGGGAGCGCUGGGACUUUCUCAAGAGACUCACCUACUAAGGACGCUGGCAGGAGUGUCAGUCGAACUAUACGUGACUACGAGACGAGAGCCAAUGCCUCAUGCCGCCUCUUCUCGAAUGUGCAAAAGAAAACCCAGGGGGUUCGCACCGGAGGCCUGACGGUGGAGGAGGACGGCCAUAUAUCUUCCAGCCAAAAGGGCGUUACUCUAUCGCACCAGCGGCAUGAUGUUUGUGUUCUGCCAUCCCUGACGCCAGCCCGAGAUCCAGCAACCCCUAGAGAGGACCCCCUCUUAGCCACCCCUCGACGGGGGAUCACUACUCCUGACGGCCCCAACGAUGAUACCGUCUUUGAUCUCCUCCCCCUCUCUCCUUUCGAAGACGUGGUGGGGACCAGGAUGAGGGAGAGUCGAGGGUUUCCUUCUCUCCUCACAGCGUCCGAGAAUUUGCAGGAUCUUAAUUCUUCUUCAGGAGACCACGGACAGACCCGUAAGGUUGUGGACCCACAUUGUGGAACGGAGAUUCAAGAACCUGGACAUUCUGCCGUUGAUCAGAAUUCUAUUGUUCAUCAGAACUCUACGAUUGAUCAGAAUUCUACCAUUAGAAAAAGGUUCCCCAAAGCUGGGGAUUGUUCUGACCGGGGCAAGUUUGUUGCAAAGGGCCCGGCUAGCACGGACUUUGUGUCCUCUGUUAGUCCCCACCUCCUGCUGGGGAGCAGUGAAGGAGAUGAUUUGUGGGACUCUGCUGCAGGCGCGUCUGGUGAGUUGAGGUUUAACGAGGACGUGGAGAAGCUGAUGGAAAAAAUGAAUUUUUUAACAAGGAGUCCUGAUGUGGAGGCUCUCCCCCAGCACUUCGUGUCUAAGUACAGGCUGGGGCGUGGGGAACCAGCUGCCGAACUGCGGUGUUGGGAACCAGCUGAUGAGUCUGCUACUCUCAGGGAUCUUGAGAAAGCCGUUGAGGAGAAGGGAACCUACGUGACUUCUUAUCUUCCCUCCAUUGCCCCGUGUAAAGAGAUUGAUUUGUUAUCAUCAGUGAGUUUGAAUGAAAAUAAUAAUAAAGUUGCAUAUGACAACCAAAAAGUUGAAUUGAAUGAAGGGCCAAGAUCUCGCUCAUUUGCUUAUGAUGAAACCAAUGACCUCCAAGACAUCAGCGCUGAGUUGGCUAAAAUAUCGGCUGGUGUUUGGUCUUCCAGCACAACGCAGAGGAAAGUCUUUGGUUUAGAGACUUGCUACGAGGAGGUCGUCCCCAGCAGGAAAACCGUCCGUCGUAGCGGGGAGCUCAGCAGCGUCCUGCCCAGUAUCAAGGAGGCGAUAUUCGAGAAAACUGACCCAGAAAACCUGGACGAUUUCCUGACGCAGUUCAGGGAGAAGUUCUUGGAUCUAGACAUGGACUCGCGUGCUGCUGAAGAGGACGUAAAGAACAAGACUCAAGCACAGGAUUGCGCUACUGACGAAAGAGUGGAGGAGGAGUCGUGGGCGCUGGAGUUCCCAGACGACGAGUUUCUGGACGGCUCCCUGGCGGCGAGUCUCCUACAGGAGGCCGAGGACCUUGACGAUGGGGCGCCCUCCGUGCCCCUUGGCCUCCUGCCCCUGGACUCUGUCUUCAGCAGCGUCACGGACUCCAUCGUGUGUGGCGAGACUGACGUCAGCGCCCUACGUCAGCCUGCCGUGGGGCUCCAGGUGGCCAGGGAAGCUGUCUAG